UCAAGAGAUGGGCAGAGGACUGAACCAUGGCCCCGAUGUCACAGCAGACAUGGAAAAGGAAAUUAGGAGUGCAUUAGGCCCAGGGCCAGAAGAUGAGAUCUUGAGUUGUGCCUUCAAACUGCGAAUUACUCGAGGAGACAUGCAGACACUAAAGGAGACCCAGUGGCUCAACGAUGAAGUCAUCAAUUUUUACAUGAAUCUUCUCAUGGAGAGAAACCAAAAUGAAGGAUACCCAUCAGUUCAUGCAUUCAAUACCUUCUUUUACACUAAAUUAAAGUGUGGGGGCUACAGGUCAGUCAAAAGAUGGACCCAGGCAGUAAACCUCUUUGUCAAGGAACUUAUUCUGGUGCCGAUUCACCUGGAUGUGCACUGGAGCCUGGUGGUAGUAGACCUAAGAAAGAAGCAUAUUGUCUAUCUGGAUUCGAUGGGACAGAAAAGACCAGAUGUCCUCAAGAUGAUUUUCCACUACCUGCAGGAUGAGAGCAAAGCCCGAAGGAAUAUUGAUCUGAACCCUUUGGAGUGGAGGCAAUACAGCAUGCCAGCAGAGGAGAUUCCUCAGCAGCGGGAUGGGAACGAUUGUGGAAUGUUUACCUGUAAAUAUGCAGAUUAUAUUUCCAGAGGCCAACCCCUCACCUUCUCUCAGCAGCACAUGCCUCUGUUCCGGAAGAAGAUGGUGUGGGAAAUCCUGCAUAAGCGCUUACUCUAGCGGCAAAUCCUGGCUGCUGAGGCUGCUCUGGAUUCUUUCACGGACUGUACGUCUUCACGUACUUCAGACAGGGUGAGUAAGAAUGGGUGUUGCCCCACUUCCCUCCCUGUAGUGCUAACUUGGAGCAAGGGAGAGCUGCAUCUGAUGCAAUCUAUAAAUAUUUGUACUCCCACAAGUUAUAAACUAUUUGACCAGCGA